AUGGUGAUGGAGAAGAAGGACUGGGCGACGAUCGAGCGGGUAUUGGCGGCCAAGGAAGCCGAGCUGCUGCAGCAGGAAGGCUCCAGCCUCGAUGACAGCCAUGUGAGUGGCUACAGGUACGUGCCAACGACGAAGCUAGUUGACAAGCAAUCCUGGGAGACCUUUGCUGUGCCUCACAUCCGGCCAACCUGCGGGUCAGAAAAUUGGCACCACAAGGAUGUGCUCUUCGAGAUUGGCGAGGGCAUCGCCUACAUCACACUGAACAGGCCUGAGGCGAACAACGCGCUAAACGAGACCACAUCGCAAGCUCUUCAAGAUGCGACGUGCGAGCUUCACAUGCGCCGGGACGUCCGCAUCGUGGUGUUGCGAGCCGAGGGCAGCAUGUUUUGCGCUGGUGGUGACCCGAAGCACUUCUUCGAUGCUUUGGCCAUGUCGGAAAGAGAUGACCGGAAGGCAGCCAUCGGCUUCAUGAAGUUCCUCUUCUGGUUCCAGAGCCUCCCGCAGUUCACCGUCGGCCUUGCGCAGGGGUCUGCCAUGGGCAGCGGCAUCGGCCUGCUGUGUGCAUGUGACAUGGUUCUGGCGACGAGCGCGGCUCGUUUCACGUGCUCAGAGGUGAAGUUGGGCUUCUGUCCGGCCGCCCUGGCACCGUUCAUCACCAGGAAGGUCGGGCCGGCUUUCGCCAAGCGUUUGCUCUGCAUGGCCGAAAACAUUUCUGCCGAGCAGGCAAAACGGAUGGGCCUCAUCUCCGAUGUGGUGGAAGAAGAAAGCGAAUUCUCCGACUACAUGAAAGAUAUCUGCGAGAAGGUGACGCUCUGCGCACCUACGGCCGCUGGCCGCGCCAAGCGCUUGGCGCAGAAUGUCAGCCUGCAGCCGCUGACCAGGAAGUUGUUGGAAUACACAGGGGGCGAGCUAGCAGACAUCCGCAUAGGAGAGGAGGCCAUCAAAGGCAUGGUUGCCGUUCAGGCGCGCGUGAAGCCCUACUGGGCCGAGACCCCCAUCAAGCCCUUGUACUGA